CAUAAUAAUAUCUCCGUUGCAUCAGCGUUCAUUAUUAUAUCCAUCAAAAAGACAAGUGAAAUAAGCACAUAUCUCCGUUGCAUCAAAGAUCAUUAUCAUAAACCAGAUCAAUUCGCUAAAUCAUACAUCAAUAAAAUGUAAAUUCCUGUAAAAUAUAACGUUUGAUGAAUUAAAAGUGAAAUUUGACACUAAAAUAUUAUGUACAAAGAAGAAACUAUACCGCUUAUAAGGAUACAGGCAGAAGAAGGCACGAAUCGCAACUCAGAAGGUGAAGAUAAUGAUGGGAGCGAGCCCAACGCCGGCUCGUCCAGGGUGCUCUCCGCGGCUACCUCUCGUGAAGACGACGAUGACUCCAGCAACAACAUCAGCAGUGAAAACAAAAGCCCCGGUCAGAGAACAAAAUCGAAUCAGAGAUGGAUGAAGUUGAGGACCACAGUGCAAUUGAGUUCGGCUAUACAAAAGAAACCGCCUUUGAAAAGAGAAGAUUCUUUCUUGAAACGAUUUUCGACCAGACAGACACCUGCCACUCAGGAGACGGUCGAAGAUACAGGCUCGGAGGGUGCAACUGGUGAACAUAGAUCAACGAACCGUCACAGAAGGCGUAAAGUCCGCGCCCCGCGCACUGUAGUGAACCCCGACGAGAACUUUUACUUCUACUGGCUCUGGGUGAUCACCAUCUGCGUGCUCUAUAAUCUAUGGACGCUGAUCGUGAGACAAAGCUUCCCUGAGUUACAGAUAAUGUGUCACACUUUUUGGGUAUCCUGCGACUGCAUUAGCGACGUGGUCUUCGCCCUCGAUCUGAUUGUCCAGCUAAGAACUGGGUACCUCGAGCAAGGACUUAUGGUGUAUGAUUCUCUGAAGUUAGCCAAGCACUACCUGGCCUCGCGCCCGUUCCUUCUGGACAUCGCAGCGCUGAUACCCUUGGAUCUGUUCCAGUUGAAGAUCGGCACCAACCCAAUCAUCCGCUUCCCCCGAUUCCUCAAGGUUUACAGAGCUGUGAGCUGCUACUACAUGGUCGAAUCCAGGACGGUCUAUCCGAACUUCUGGCGCGUAAUCAACCUCAUCCACAUACUGCUGAUCCUGGCGCAUUGGUUCGGGUGCUUCUAUUUCUUGCUGUCCGAAGCCGAGGGAUUCCAGGGUGAUUGGGUGUAUCCUUAUCGUCCGGGAGAUUAUGCAACUCUAACGAGAAAGUACCUCGGCUCUUUGUACUGGUCCACGCUAACCCUGACCACCAUAGGGGACCUGCCGACUCCGGAGACCAAUGCCGACACGCAAGGAGGCCCCAAAUUUCUGCCGCGCCGCGGACUGAAGUCCCGUUUACUGCAGUUCAGGUCCAACAGAGGGUACGUGUUCACAAUAGUAAGCUAUCUAAUUGGGGUGUUUAUAUUCGCAACUAUUGUCGGACAAGUCGGGAAUGUCAUCACUAAUAGGAACGCGAACCGUCUCGAGUUCGAGAGGCUUCUGGACGGAGCCAAAACUUACAUGAGGCACCAUAAGGUGCCGGGUGGUAUGAAACGUCGUGUAUUACGAUGGUACGAUUACUCGUGGUCCCGCGGCAGGAUCCAAGGAGGCGGUGACAUCAACACUGCUCUAGGGCUGCUACCCGAUAAACUGAAGACCGAACUUGCUCUGCAUGUCAAUUUGAGCGUACUUAAAAAGGUCACCAUCUUCCAAGAGUGCCAGCCGGAGUUCCUUCAUGACCUCGUCUUGAAAAUGAAGGCUUACAUCUUCACACCUGGCGAUUCCAUUUGUCGUAAAGGGGAAGUUGCUAGAGAAAUGUUUAUAAUAGCCGAUGGAAUCUUGGAGGUGAUAUCGGAAACCGGACGAGUACUAACCACCAUGAAGGCUGGAGACUUCUUCGGCGAAAUCGGGAUAUUGAACUUAGACGGAUUGAACAAACGGACAGCAGAUGUCCGUUCCGUUGGUUAUUCGGAGCUGUUCUCACUUUCGCGUGAAGACGUGCUCGCUGCGAUGAAGGACUAUCCUGAGGCGCAGGAGAUCCUCCAGACCCUGGGCCGGAAAAGACUGCAGGAAGCCAAGAACAUGUCAAGACAGAAAGUCAAGGGAGAAACCAGUCCGGAUAAAAAUGCUGGUGACGACAGCGGUCCCAAAAGAAUAGUCCACAAACUGAGGAGUGAUGUCAAGGGCAUCCGUAACGCCAUACGCAGCAGAUCGCGCGGGGGGCGCCGCUCGGCGGACGAGGAGCGCGCGGGGCGGGGGGGCGGUGCAGCCAACGGGGGAGGGGGCGGCGAAGGGAAGGUGCUGCGACGAAUGAACCGAGUUGAGAGUGAUGACUCACAGGCCCACGGACCUCACGAGGAUAACAAUGGGGAAACAACAUCAGGCAGCAAAGAUGGUGAGAAAUGCGUUUCUCCCAUAGGUGCAGGACUACCAUUAUUAUCGAGAUUAAAACUUCUAAAGGAAAAACAGUCUAUUUUACAGGAUAGAGAAGAAAAAGUUGCAAAACAAAGGCAUUCAACUUCAUCAGUUGUAUCGUUAAAUAUACAAACCCAGCCGAUCCCAUCCACAAGUGCGGCUCCUGAUGAACCUGAAGUAAUCGGAGCUGGUUUACCGCUUAUUCAAAGGCUGAUGCUCCUCAAAGCGAAAGAAGAACGCGAAAAAAAUCAGCUAACCCCAACGACCAGCAACCAACCUUCCAGCUCCGACACAAUAAGUCCCACCUCUAUCAAAAGUCCGUUGAGUCCAACAGUUAAAACUUUAAGUCCCAUUAGAAAAGGCUCUGAGUCCAGUUCCCCGGGAAAGCUUCAAAGUCCAACCACCAGGACUUCUAGAAAAAAUUCCUCCGGCUCCAGUGACGGGACUUCUAGACCGAAAGUUAGCUUCAGAGACAAAAUUCUGCAAGUCCAGAGUGACGGUACAGCUGUUUGCCAGCCUCUAAAUAAAGAUGGUAGCGAAAAACCGUCAGCAGUCGUUGAGCCCACACCUAAAACAGAAAGCAAUUUGAUUUCGAUUCCACAUUCUGUAGUGAGUAAGAUAAAAUCGCCAGCGAAAGUUGUUGGAACUACUUUCAGGGAUAAACUAAAGCUUCUGCAAAGUGGUGGUAAAGAUUCAGAUACGACUGCAGAAAAGAAAGCUUCAUCUUUUGAGAAAAAUCCAAUAGAAAUACCUCCCAUACAAAUUACGGACAAUAAAGAAGAGAUUAAAAAUAAAAAGCCGUGGUCGAAACUAAAAAAGGCCGCGAUUUUAGGUGAAUCAAAAAGCCAAAGUAAAUCUAGCUUGGAAGAAAAGAAAGAUGAUGUAACUAAUGAAACGCCCGAAGUAAUCGUAGAGUCCUGUGUAAAAAUAUGUGUUCCCGUUGUAACAACUGCGGAACUGGUGAAGAUAGACAAUAAUAAUGUUCAAGUUAUAAGUGAUAGUGAUAAGUCGGAAAACCCUAAGGUAUGCUUAACGGGCCCUAUAGAAACCGUCCAGGAGAAAAGCCUAGAUUUGAUGACAUUAUCGCCGAAAAGAAACGUAGCGAAAACUACUGAAACUAAAAAUCUCGGCACCCUUUUACCCAAAGUUAAAAAGUAUAGAUCUAUCGAUGAUCUCUCGCCAGAAUACGGAGGAUUGCCAUUCGUUAAGAAACUCAAGAUUUUGAACGAAAGACAGAAAUUAGCUGAAUUGGAAAAGGUGGUUAAAUUUCGAAGUUCAAGCUUAGAUUGCACCAGUUCUUCGGAGGAUCUACUUUGCGACACAUUAACUAGAAGUCAUUCAGAAGGCAGCACAAUGGACAAAAGGAAAUAUAAGCGAAAAUCUACUGACUCAAUCGGAAGUCAUGAAUCCAAUGAAACCCUAGAAAGACGAACAUUGAAAUCUAUAUUAAAGAAGUUAUCAGAAGACGUGACCCCAGCCGAGAGUCCUGAACGUAGUAAUGAAUUAAGGAAAUUAAUUCGAGCACCAACUCUCGAAGGAUACGCAGCGAGACACUCAAAAUUUGCCAAAAGUGUGACCUUUCAUAGGCACACAUUACCUUCACCUCCGGCUAGUGCUCCCGCUGACACUAAAUGUGCCGUUUUUCAAAUCCCAGACGUUCCCAUUCAAGUUCCACAAAUAUCGCCUCCGUUGACGGAAGCUGAAGUGGUCGAACCUGAUCCGUGUAAUCAAAUCACAAGACCGAUAGAAGAUACGAUAGUCACCAAAGAGACGGGCCUGAAUUUCAGAACGGAAUAUCAUCUGCAACAGAAUAUGGAUCCGAUGUACGAUUUCAAAAACUUGAGGCCCGAAGAUAUUAAAGUGCCCAAAGAAAAACCUAAACUUACUAUAAUAUCGGCUGUUGCAAAUCAAAGGAAACUACUCAGAGGCUCCAUCGAAGAACAGGAGUAUUUUGGGGAAGUUCUCUUGGGAAUCAAACAAGUUAUACAAGGACAUCUACAAGACGUCCAGUUAAAAUUUCAAGAAAGAUUUACAAGUUUAGAAAAUGAGGUUCGCAAGCGUGACGAGAUCAUCAGCCAACUGCAGAAGAGGAUUCAGGAACUCGAGCGGCUCGGGCUCGCGUCCAGCGCGGGGGCGGUGCCUCUGGAACUACCUGUCGCCGUCACCAUGAAAAACAGCUCCGGGAGUGAAGAAGAAGAAGACCUUGAAGAAGGAUUUAUGCGAGGUGAUUCUUUAGACACGGUAUUCGCCUCGUCUCCACCAACAGCCAGCGCUGAAGACGACAGUGCAGCGAGACUGGAACAGUCCCACGAAGAGAUCCCAGAGAGCAUCAGCGACGAGAAAUUAUCAGAGAUGACUGAAGGCAUCGAAUUAGAAAAGCUUUCGUACUCAGAGCUGCAGAGUUUGGCUGAGUCUUUGACGAAAGGCGAUAAAAGCUCUUCGAGUAAGGAGGAGUGGUCUAUUAGCAAGUCGAAGAGGAUGGACCUAAACCUGGACGGGAAGGCGGGAACUUAUUCGAGGAAGCGGGCUGCUAAAUUGAGGCAGAGAAAGUCUUGGGAAGAUCAGAGCGAUCAAGAGAGUGUUGAAAUGCAUGAUCUCACGAGGCCAUUAUCCCCGCACACAAUGUCUGAAGACCGCUCCUUGCUGAGUCCAGAACAGUCCAGCCUCCGCAGCAGCAGGAGGACCACUCCCUUCCACUUCUUCGGCUCGCAUCUCGACAACACCAAAUCAAAAAUCAAAAAGACCUUGUCUGUUGACACCGGAAUGCAUCACACGGGCAGGAAUGAUAGAAAACAAUCUGGUAAACGCGAACAUCGGAAGUUCAGUCUCGGUUCGUUCUUUGGACAACAGCGUCGACCCGUCGCCAGGACUCACGACGACGUGGUGCUGGACAUGGGCAGUGACCUCAGCUGGACAGAUUCAUUAUCAACAUCUUCCAGUAGCGACUCCGAGUCUCCGCCGCGGACGCCCGCCUUCGAAGAGUUCGCGAGUCGGUCCCGACACGCCCCAGUCAGCAGGUUGUCAGGGAGUGGCGGAGACUGGGAGGUGAUGAUGCUGGCCGACGAACUAGAGAAGAGAGAACGAGAAGAAGCCAGAAGACACCAGUACGAGACCACACUGCGGGAGCUUGAAGAGGAAUCAGACACACCACUGCGUGAUGAAAGCCCAGAGCGGUCACCGGCCUCUGUACCACUGCUCCCCCAAUCAUCUUACUUGCAAAGAACUCCUACGAGACAGUACAGAGUCGCUUCAUUGGUUGAACCGCUAGGACCAGAGUCUUCGCUCCGACAAUCAAGAGGGCUGAUCCUCCGAGCGGCGAGUCUUGAUCGAGAAACCACUCCAUCCUCGGAAACUCGUCGAUUCGGCUCCCUGAAGAACACCAGUACAGAAUCGCAUAAGCGACUCUGAUCCGUCACGCAACAUGGACUCAAAACCGAGCCCAAGUGGAGUCCACUAAACAACAAAAAUGUUCCCUCUCUCUGCUACUCGAAAAUUGAAGAAUGUUCUAGAGAUAUAUCCACAUCAGACGAUACGAGUUGUAAUGAUAGCGAAACUGAUACAUGCGUGAUAGAUGAUGCAAAAGAAACACAACAAAAAAAUCCAUUAAAAUUUGAAUCUUAUUUAAAUAAUGAUAAUGUAGAUUUUACGAAUGAUGAAUUAGAACACUCCAACGAAACAAUACUUGAGAAUUGGGAUUAUAAUGGUGAAGCAAGUUUCAAAUUAUCAAGCGACGACAGGGAAAAUACGACAGAUACCGCAAAGGCCAAUGUCGUUGAACAAAACGAAUGUUCUGGUGAUGGGAAACAAAACGUUAGGGACGGCAAUGAACACAAAAAUACAGGUAAUAAUAGUAGAGCCGUUGAAAAUGUUAACAACGAUUCCGCCGAUGCAUUUAGAAACGUAAGCGAUGAACGAGAGAAUAUUGAUCAAAACACGAAUGAGCAUCAAGAUGGCGGUCAGCUUUUGGUAAUUAUCAUUUUUUACGAUGAUCACGAUUUAAUAUUGUUUCUUGUGGUACAUUGAGAUUUUGCACGUUGCGUUGUCAGUCAAUCCAGUCUUGAAUAAGAUUACAUAGAUUAACAUCCUUCACUAUAAGUUUAUGGAUCAAAAGGUAACUUACUUAUCUUACGUACAUACUUACGUACUUUUAUCAAAACACGAGCAAGGCAUAGAAACCUUUAAAAUAAAAAAUAAAUACAUGUACAUAUUACUAAAACUUGUUUUAUUGUUUCAUCUAUAAAUGUGUAAAUUAGAUAUAAUUGUUUCAAUUGGCGUUCCGAAGAUAUGUUUUUAAUUUGCCGCCUUUUUCUUUAAAUUUGUUACAUAAUAUUUCUGACAGCGCCUCCGUAUUCGACAUUCAGCAAAUUUUUUGUCUGUGGUAUCAACUUUGUACUGUAACUUAAUAAAUAAUUUAUUGUAUUGUAGACAAUUUAGCAGUCAGAGAGAACAAUAUAAUCAUUAACUAGUAAUCGAGACGUUUAGAAGUUCAACUUCAAAGUUUUUUGUAGUUUUCUUUAGUAGGUAACCUAGCUAUAAGUAAAUAACAAUCUUAUGCACAAAUCGUGUAUGUAUUAUACCUAUUAUUUAUCAUAUUAUUGUGUAUUGUAAAAUAAGAUCGCAUUCCAAUAAAUAUGCAUACAGGUUGUUAAAUAGGUAAUUGUCGAAAUUAAGUCGAAGUGAAGUUAAAAAAUGAUUAAUUACUUAGCUAAAACCAAAGAAUUAAUAAUUUAUAAUAUUCGUUUCCAUAAAAUGUUUUAUAGAAAAACUCAAUAACCUAUCUUAAUAACAUAAUUAAAAUUGUGGUCUGACAUAUAUUGUAAUAUAUUUAGAUAAGAGUGGAUAUUAUCUAUAGUUACCAUAAUACAUGUUAUGGAUUCAGAAUUAAACUAUGCUAGUUCAUAAACUUUAUUAAUAAUGAAAAUGAUGCUAACUAUAAACUUUAGUAUGAAUUUUGUAAUUCUGCGACUCUUAUUGUGCAAGACAAGCAAGGAAUUAGUAGGUAGUUAAUAGAGAGGGAGACUAUCAGACAAAGUAGGGAAAUCGGCAUUGCCAAAAUGUAGUGACAAAAAAUCCUAUCUAUAGCAGCUUGUUAGCGUCAGGUACUACUCACUCAUUAGCACCAAAAUUCGUGUCGUCAUAUUCUGAUAUACCAGUUUAAGUAAACAUUAAUUAUUACGGUAUAAUCACACAUUCAUUUAUCUAUACUAAUAUUAUAAAGAGGAAAAAUUUGUUUGUUUGUUUCGAAUAGGCUCCGAAACUACUGGACCGAUUUGAAAAAUUCUUUUUCCAUUAGAAACCGACAUUGUCCCUGAUGAACAUAGGCUACUUUUUUUAUUUUAUUUUUUAUUUUUAUUUUUUACUUUCAUGUGUGUUUUAAUGUUUCCGAAGCGAAGCGAGGGCGGGUCGCUAGUAACUGAUAAAUUCAUUUUCUACUCAUGCGUAGCGGAAACUUGUUUGGUUUUUGUUAACUUAUUGAUGUGAAACAUCUAUAGCCGCACGUAAAACCGAUUUCUGGCGUGGCGACGCAUGCCGUGGCAACGCGUCGCCACGCUAUAUGAUCGUAUAUAUAUACAGUCUAUAAUAAUAUGCAGUAGUGUGUACGGUGUGGCGACGCGUCGCCAUGCGCAAUCGACUGUGCGAUUCUCUCCCACUCGAUCCGGCUUUAAGCCAUCUCUCUCGCUACACUGAGCUCGGAUACCUAUAGUGUAUACUCCGUAGUGUAUACAGUGUUGUUUACUACAGUACACAUAACCUGUGUUUUACUUGAAAACAAAUUAUUUUUUCGUAAUAUUUUAUUUUAUCAUUAUGACAUAUUUAGUUCCUAUAUCAGAAUCUGUUCUUUUCUGCAUAAUACUUUUACAAAAUAAUGUCGAUGUUUCACAUCGACAUUAUUGGCUCACAAAUUUUUUUUAAUGCACUAUUUGUUUCCCAAAUAAAUACAUAAAUUGCUACAAAAUAAACUUAAAGAACAAAAACAUAAUCGAAAUAUUACAGUAAAAUUAUUUUAAGAUGCAUUCCAAAACAUUCCGUUUCGUGCCAAACAAAAGGUUUUAAUAAAAAUUUAAGCCAUAAUAAUAUAUAAACUCUGAAAAGUACCUACUAGUUACUAAUCUUCUAAAAUAAUGUAAAUAUUAGUUUAAUCGGUAUUCCUAAAUCUGUAAAAUAUAAUAUAUGUACUAUGUUUUAUGAAUAACAACACCUGAUCACGAAUUACCUAAAUUAAAUUUAAGGUUAGAGCCAAAUUCCCAAUUUUUUAAGCUUUACCGUCUUGGGCGACGGUACUCACGUUGCGAUGGAUCCUGGUAACCAUCUAACACCAAAUAGACCAUGACCUCAAUCACCCAUUAAGACUUUUUUUUAUAAAUAGCCCGUAUUCUAAAAUGUUAUUUACCGCUAAUGUACCUAGACUCCGCUCAACAAAAGUCAAACUGUUGGCUUAGCAAAAAAAACCUCUUCUAAUUGGCAGCACUCGAGGCUUUUCCUCAGUUGAAAAAACAGCUGAUAACUUUAAUUUAGUAUUGCGGCGGGAAAUAUAAAACAUGAAACCUCCGCAGCCAUGUCUGCUUUUUUUUUUCCUACCUAAGCUGAGAGCCUUGAGAGGCUAUAUCAGCGUAACCUUAACUAGUAGGUUAGCUCACGGGGCUCAAACCUGGCGACGUUGCUAACACGAACCCUAGCAAGAGCCGUGCUUCGCAGAAUCUACCACCGGAUCGGAAACGCGACCCACUGAGAAGAUCCGGCGAGAAACUCAGUGGGCUGUGUCUGAGGGUUAAUUUACUCGUCGAGCCCUUCGUCGCAAGCGAGGGGUUCGACGACAACGAAGACCGGUGCUUGAGGUACCUAAAAGCACCGUUAGUGGAUCGGGAGGAUCCAAAAUGACAUGUUUGGGGCGACGUCGGCUUCUUUCCAUUCUGUCCGCAGGAUCGGGAAUGAGCCCCGUCCGCAUUAGGAACAUUUGAAGGCAACUAUAUAACUCGCUCAAAUCUGUCGCGCCAAGCACCCGCCUCACUCAAAUAGCUUUAAAAAAAUUAUUUUGCUUAAAUAUUUCAACACGUGUAAAUUAGAGAAAUACUCAUUACACUGAAUAUUAUAGUGUAAAAAUACUAGAGACAAGAAUUACUUACGCUAUUCUAUGUAAUAAUGUAGAUACAAAAUAGAUAUUGAUAGUAUAUUUAAGUAAUGUAAUUAAAAAUAUUUUUACUUUAAUUUAAUUUGUAAUUUAGAUAGUUCUAGAAGUAAUUUAACAAAAUAAAACAAUUGAUUUGAA